AUGGCCAUCAUCCACAUAGUGCUGUUCAAGUUCCGGCCCGACGUCUCUCAAGAACACAAGGACCAUUUCGUGGCUGAGCUGAAGAAAUUGAAAAACCUGCCUUGUGUUCAAGACGCCCAACUCACUGUUGGCGGGCCUUCUGUCACUGAUCCCAUCGAAAGGAGUAAGGGGUUCGAAUUCGCGCUCGUCAGCCGACACAAAGAUAAAGCUGCUUUAGCAGAGUACCAGGCAUCCAAGGAACAUCACGAUGUCACCAGCAAGUUGCUAUGGCCGUUUCACGAAGAUGUGUGCCGCUUUGACUUCGAGACAACAGAGGAGGAAUCGAGCAAGUCUUUGAUCUAG